CGCGGGGAUGACGGUGGCUAUCUAUCAGGUGCUCCUUCACCAAUCCCUAAAUUUCAUGAUGGUUUUAACUCCAGUAGAAUGAAACCCCUGAAAUACUCACAUUUAAAUUGUUAUGCAUGAAUGAGAAGGCUGGAGGUGUGAUAGGAAAAGGGGGUUCCAUAAUUAGAGCACUCCAAAAUGAGACUCAGGCUGAGAUCAAAAUUCUUGACACUGUACCUGACUUGGAGGAUCGUGUAAUAGUCAUUUCAGCACCAACACAUCCAGACGAUAGAAUUUCUGCUGCACAGGCUGCUGUUCUUUGUGUGCAGAGCAGGAUUUUUAAAGCAGCACCUGACAGUAAAGAUAAAAGCUUGGUCUGUAAGGUUCUGGUACAUUCCAAUGAGAUAGGUUACUUGCUUGGGAAGGGUGGUGCCAUAAUAGCAGAACUGCGCAAGUCAUCUAGGGCACCCAUUCAUAUAUUGGCUAAGGACCAGAUCCCAAAAUGUGCUUCGGAUAAUGAAGAAGUCGUUCAGGUAACUGAAGAAUUUGAGGCUGUUCAAGAAGCUCUAUUACAGAUCACAUCCAGAUUGCGCCAACAUCUUUUCCACGACCAAUUCCAAUCGAUUAUCAACCAUCCACAUCAUCCUGCUUUCAUAGAACAAGUACCUCCUCCAGUACCUCCAUAUAUGGGAAGGAGACCUCCUUCACCUCCUGGGAUGUAUUCCCAUAUGGGUCCUUCAAUCCACAAGUUUGAUCUUCCUCCCAACAUGGAUCUUCCUGGGUUUCCACGUGGAAUUCAGAAGCCAGGAUUCUCUCACAAUUCUGAAAGAAUGCCACCUCCAGCACCAUGGGCACAUCAGGGUAUUGGUGGGAGUGGGAGUGGGAGUGGCAGUGGGCUUGAGACUCGCCUACCUGAUUAUGAUAGGGGGUUUACUCAACGGAGACUAGAUGGCUUUGGAAGUCAAUUAGCGAUUAUCACUAGCACAACUGUAGAAUUUGUUGUUCCUCGAGCUGUUGUUCCCACAAUUUAUGGAGAGAAUGGAGAAUGCCUGAAAAAAAUACGUCACAUUUCAGGUGCUAAUAUUACCAUCACAGAACCCAGACAUGGGGCCAAGGAGACUGGUCAUAAUUUCUGGAACACCUGAGCAAACAAAUGCAGCACAGAGUCUUCUUCAGGCAUUUGUCUUGAGUGAGCAGGGAUCUCCUUGAACUGAGAGCAGA